AUGGUCGCUCAGCAUCACCACCAUGCCAAAGCGUCAGUCGGCAACGAAACUACGGUAAUCCAGGCACGCAAACGCGCACACUUUUUGAUUGUAAGGAACCUACAGAUCGAAGCAUUUGAGGAAGAAUUCGAUUCCAUAGAAAAGAAAAAGGAACUGUCAAAAACAUCACCACUGUUAAAACUUAACCCAAUAAUCGACUCCGACGGUCUCUUACGCAUUGGUGGGCGUCUCAAACGAGCUGACCUUCCGUACGAAGAACGUCACCCCCUCAUUCUACCCGGGAAACACCACGUGACAAGUCUAAUCGUUAAGAACUGCAACGAAGAAGCGAAACUCCAGGGUCGUCAUUUCACCCACGGCAUG